AUGAAGGAUGGUGACGUCACAUUGAGCUCUUGGAGAGAUCUUAUCAAAAAUCCCAAACAAUGGUGGGAUCAUCGUGAAAACAAGCUCAAUGGAUUGGUGAAAGCCAAACACCCUGAUUUUAAACACAAGGAUAGUGGUCUUGCACUCUGGCUCAAGAGCGCUCCGCAAUGGGUGUUGGCAGGACUUGAAGGAUUGGAGUUUGAUGUUCCAAUUGGUAGGAUGAAAGAAGCAAAGGAUAACAAAAAGAUCGAUUCUUGGAAGAAUUUGUUGGAAUACCCUGAUAAAUGGUGGGAUAACAGAACAAAUAAGGUCAAUGCAAAAUCUCCCGACUUUAAACACAAAGAUACAGGUGAAGGACUAUGGCUGGACGCUUCUCCAGCUUGGGCAUUGUCGAGGUUGCCUCCUCUGAAAGCUGACAACAAUACCUCGACUCCUUUGAAAGCUGACAACAAUACCUCGACUCCUUUGAAAGCUGACAACAAUACCUCGCCUCCUUUGAAAGCUGACAACAUUGUUGGCACUAUUUUGGGCAGGCCAAAGAUACCUGAAGACUACAGAACGUAUUGA